AUGUCCCCUCCACAGCGGGUCAGGGAUUCUGUCAAAGAUUUGGGCAAGGUCUUCGCAGUUCGUUUGAGGCGCCCCAAAAAGAACGAACCCAGACAACGCAGCUUGAUAACCACCGAUAAUGAUAACGAUGGCUCCAUCCAUGCACAAAUACCUGAUGCCUUUUCCUUUCCUUCAACGCUACUCCACUCUGCAAGCAGCAGAGAAUCAGGCCUCGAAUUCCCCACCAAUGUUCCAUUUGCUAGAUACUCUGAGAAUGUAUCAUUUGCUCGCCAAGCUUCCGAUAUGGCUCAGCUAGCAUUACCCUUGGUACAGAAUAUUGCAAGUGCAAUUCCACUUGUCGGUGCUCCGAUGCAAGCGGCUAUUAGUGGAUUGUUGACAGGCCUUCAAGCUAUAGAUUGGUCGUCCCAAAUGCAAAGUCAACGUGACAUAUGCGAAAUGCUGGUAAUUAUGCAGAAGGAGCGGGAGGAUCGUCAGAACUUCCUGAUGACGAUUGAAAGCCUGGUCAUUCGUGGGCAGUCAUAUGUAGGGCCGACCGCAACGCAAUCAAUCGGAACUGCUAUACGUGGUUGUGUGACACUCAUAGAUGCAACAGGCCACCAAUAUCCAAUACCAGUUGACUUCUGCACCUCAUUUGAGCAAUUCAAUGAGAUGCUCAAAGUUCUGUUUAAACGCAACUCGAUCGAAGCUCAAAUCCAGAAACAGUAUAUGGAAAGCGGACAAUACGAUUUGUGCAUUGACGAGGGCACGCAAGUGACUCAACUUACAAGUAAUGAAUGGCCAAGCCUUGAAGUGGGCACGAAGGUUGUUAUGAGGGUCAUCAUUCAACAGCAGAAGUCAUCAUCCUAUUCUGUUUCCUACGAAUGUUUUUGUGGCAUGGUGAAUUCGCUUGAGCAACAUGCUAAUUCCUCGUUUGAUUGUCGAAAGUGUGGUCGACUGUUUCAGAGUUCUCGUGCAUCUUACAGCGAAAAGCAUAGUUCUGGUACUCGAUCGUCUAACAUUGACAUCAAUCGGACAACUGACGUAGGGAGGGACCUUAUCCGCAACGUUCACGUCCAACAAAUUGAAUUUCCAAAGCCUCUUCUUCAGCGGUCUUACACUCCUGGCGAUGCAUUUCUGUUUUGGUGGGGGCUCUGCAUAGUGAUGUGCAUGGCCCGGCUUCAAGCCGUGAGCCGGCCAAAGCCGGCUCUAGUUAGGCCGAGCCAAGCCGGGUCAAACUCAUGGCUUGACCACGGCCUAGGGCCCGUCUUUGGAUGUUUGAAAGCCGGCGCCGACUCAAGCCGUAGCUUUUACUCCUCCAGAUGUGGUGCUAUACUAAUCAAACCUCUACAUCUACUUUUGUUUAACGCCUACUAAUCUUCUGCGAAUCUCAAGCACGUCCAAGACGUCCGAUGGAAUAGAGGCCUGAGAGCAGUCUUAGCCAAAAGGAGCAUCAGAGCACGACAUGUCUGACAUCGGCUCGUGCUCGUUGUCUUUGGGGGUCACUAAGUACUGGACAAACCUUAAUAAUCUCCGAGACUGGAGGGAAGACGUCUCGCCGGUCGAGACACCACUCUAGGAAAGGAGGGACCCGACACAUCUCUCACACCACAUCAUUCCCCCUGUACGAACUCAGCGUCGGCAUUCGCCCGACAACAUGCUGGCGGAGUACUUGUUUACCAUUGAUAAUACGCCAGCCAUACAUAUACAUACGUUAGUUUAAGCGGGAGUAAGCCCCCUGCGAAUAGGGCUAUGUGUCAACGACCCCAAUGGACAAUAAAAUUGACUUGAAAAAAAUAAAAAUAAAAAAGUACUGGACAAAAAUAAAUUACGACUCGAGUUGACC